AUGACCGACCUGUUGAGAGCGGUGCCGCGAGACGUCUUUCUUCUCAUACUUGAGGCGUUACCAAAAGCCGACCUGAAAACCCUUUCCCAAACCUCGUCAUGGCUGCAGGAUAGCGUUGCUAGCACGCUCUGGAAAUCCAUCACGAUCAAGCCACGGGACGAAUCUCAUUUACAUGAUCUUCCGACGAACGGCCCGCCUUAUCGACGUCUAAGAACUGCCACCAAGCUUCACCUUCGGGCUUCUUUUACAAGUGCCACAGAUGAUCGGUGUCCCCAUAUCCGCGAUCACCCCCGCUGGAUGAGUAGUGACGAUGAUGACGAGAUUUACGACGAGCCCCAACGCCAGUUUUAUUUCGAUGACUUUGCCGACAAAGUUGAGUCACUGCUUGAUCGAACAUGCGUGCCGGCCAAUAUCCUCGGGCCCGAAGGCAUCCUCUCACUUCAGCAGCCCUCACUCCGGACGCUGAGCUUGAUAACCGACCCCAACUGCAUGUAUUGUUGUGUAGCGCCCUUCAAGCACGAGCCCGGUGUCAACUUAUCCUCAUUCCGCCAACUUCUGAACUUCACCUGGAAGGGCCUUCGUCCCGAUCAUAUGCAGCCUCUCUCUAUCGUCCUGCAGAACAAUUCGGCGCAUCUCAAGAGUUUGGAAUUGGAUUUUGUCAACUUGCUGGAAAACUUUACCAUUAGCGACAGCCUUGAUGAUGAUGACAGCGACGCUGGCAACUCUAAUGAUGACCAAGACGACGAAAUUUCCAGCACUUCCAGCAACGCCAGCGGCGAUGAAGAUGAGGAAAUCCGCAGGAUGAAGGGUCCGGGUUUCUUUGCUUCAACUAUCCUUGGAGCGGACCCAAACUCUCCGACCCUACUAUUCCCAAGAAUUCGCGUCUUGUCCCUCUCUCAGGUACCCUUGACUGCAAGCAUGGCUCCCGUAUUCAAUUUCGAGGCGCUCGUCUCACUGAAGCUGCGACUGUGCCCCCGUUGGGAAGUCUUCAUCAAGCGCGUUUUGAAGCUCGGCCGCCCGAUCAAGUUGAGGACACUGGAGAUUCAGGGCCAUGAGAACGAAGAUGCUAUCCUCGAUUUGGUCGACGCCUUUGAUGGCCUUGAAGAGCUCUUUUUGUCUAAUUCUGGUCCAAUGCCAACACUUUACCUUUGGGAAAUCCUCGCCCGUCGCCAUUCUACUCUCAGGAGACUUGUUUGCCACCAGAGGACCAUCGAGCUGCCCCAGGAUUCUCCGGUUGAUGGCGAGUUAUGUGAUUUGGCGGAUCUGAGUAUCUAUGGAGGAGAGAUGCGCCGAAUUAAGGAGGAUCCUUCCAAGAACCCCCUUUCGGAGCUUAACCUUGAGUUCAUCGGCUUGGGUUGUAUCCCGGGGCGUAUGAAAUACCUCCUACUUCCCUUCAGAUCCAAGACCUCAUUGAAGGUAAUCCACAUCCGUCAAACCAUGUCAGAUAUCGGCAAUCUCGGCUCUUGGGCGCUGGUUGAAGCCUUCACACCCUUGAUUUCCCGCGCAGACAGCGAUGCAUCAUCCGACUCAGACCUGACUACCUACACGGAAGACUCAGAUCCUGGACCCGAUUGGGACUUGGAUUUUACGCAACGCGAACCCGAACUACGCAACGAAUUCCGCCACUUUGCCGAAUGGGCCUUUGGACCGGAUGGGAUCUCAUCACUGGACAUCAUCGCCUUCGGGGAUUUCGCUUACGGUGGCCGGCCAAAAGGCCGUAAUGUCCUUCUCGGGAGAAUCACGGGUGGGACGAGUGGUUUUCGAAUACUUGAUGCGAAGGCAGGGGAGUGGAACGAUACCCUCGACAAGUAUCAAGCUGCGAUGGAGGCCUGUCCCGUAGAGCACCUUUUUACCCUUUGA